AUCCAGUCGAUGAUUCAACUUGCAGGGUGGCGCCGCCCAGAGGACGUCAUGGCCGGCCACUCGUCCCCCGCUCAAACACCAGCACAGCACUGCUUGCAGGAGCGCCGCCAGGGCGCUCCUGUUUCCUGCUGAGCAACGAAAAAUCAUUGCACCAGCGCUCCUGUGAUCAUGGUCGUCUGGCAAUCACCAUCUUUAGCAGCAUGUCAGGCUCCAUGCGUUACAAUCUCCUUCCUCCGAAGCGUCAAAAGUUCUGAAAGGUCGAUCUGUUUUGGAUUCUGGAGCAAGACUUAUGCUUGUUGCACGCUUGCUUUGCUCUCUUCGCAAACGUCAGACCCCUCCGGCUGCAGCUCCCCAAUGUUCGGCUAUAAAAUGCGGGCCCUUCUCCGCAUUUCUCACAACUCGCAAUUCGCCUUCCAACUUUCUCAGCAUUCCCCAGCUUUCCUCCCAGCUCUCCCAGCUUCCUCUCCCAGCUCCCUGCUCUCCAACGCCCGCUCUCUCAGCCACUUCUCUCGUCCCCAGCAGCAAUGGAGUCCUCCACCCAGGUUUUGGCCCUCGCCUUCCUGAUCCUGCCUGCGGGGAUCGCCAGCGCCUCCCUGCUGAAGAACAGGGUCCAGUACUGGCUCGCCAUCCACAUUGCCCUUCAGGUUGCCGGCUGGGUGCUGUGUACCGUCGGUGUUGCCCUUUCCUACCAGAAGUAUGGAGCUGUGUCCACUGCUGAGGCCACCCUUCUCGGACUUGUCUGGGCCAACCCCCUGAUCGCUGCCGUUCGCCCCCCCAAGGGCAGCAAGAUGUUCCCCGCCUGGUACAAGGGCCACUGGGCCGUUGGUCUGAUCGCCGUCGCUGCCGGCUGGGCUUACCUCGCCUCGGGCCUGAACCAGUUCAAGGGCCUCAGCAACAUGGCUGCCCCUGCCAUCGCUGCAUUCUAAACACCCGGAACUGAUUGAGUGUUGUAACCAUUAGAUGAUUCUCGAAGCUGCUCUUCGAAGAAGUGGUCCUCUAUGUAAAUUAGAAAGUCAGGUUCGUUUGACCUAAACCCAUGUGUUGAGGGAGUAAGUUAAAUAGUUAGCCAAGCUGUGGUUAACCAUUUGCGUCCCAAGUACCCUAAUCGAUGACAGGUCGUUCCGUUCAAAAGUCGAAGCGAAGUAACGAUUGGUCGCACUAUUCAUAGCGAGCGCAAGCAAGCAACGCCUAAAAGCCGCAGUCCGACAAAGAAGAGAACGCUUGCAGUCCGUAGUCCAGAGUGCAGAGUCCAGGUAAACGGCUGGACUUGCACCUUGCUUUCAGUCUUUCGAGCGUCAUUGAACUAAAUAACUACUUUUCUUUCUUAUCUUCAGCAAAAUGCUCUCUCUUCGCCCAAUCUGUCCAUCCUCCGGAAAUCUGACAAUGACUGUGAAUUGUGACGUGACCUUAAUCAUUAUCAUCGGUUAGUUACGCG